GAUAGGUUCACACAACUACUCCGGGUCAUUUACCGAAACUGAGAUUGGGGGGGUUCACUGGCAUCAUAAAGGCAGAGAUUAUAACAGUGAGCUGCAUUGAGCUCUUGGCUCCCUUUACGGUGAUUGGUUGGCUCCCGGGCGUAUAAAUACGUACUUGGUAGGAGAACGAACCGGUAUUAUUUGCGAAACUUGCAAGCUCGCCGAUCUAACGGGAAGAAUCAAAAGGAACUCCAUGGGGUUGACGGUAAAAGCAUGUUGGACGCUGAUUCUGAGCACUUGCUUGGCGCAGACGGUCAGCGCAGACUGCAGUCAGGACUGCGCGCUCUGCCUCUUCCGCCUGCAAGGCAGACCUGCUGAGAUGAGCACACUGACAUGUACGCUGGAGUGCGAAGGGAAAUUAACGACCAGAAAGUCCAUUGACCUCUGCAAAGACAUCCUGCAAGCAGAGAGAGGGCGGGUGGGGGAAGAAGGCCCCACGAAGCAGGAGGACGACGAGCGGCAGCUGGAGAAGAAGUAUGGGGGCUUCCUGAAACGUUAUGGGGGGUUCAUGAAGAAGGCCGGCGAGCCCGUCACCGGGCCCGAGGACGAGAACGGCAGCAGAGACGGCCUGGUGAAGAGGUACGGAGGCUUCAUGAAGAAGGACGCAGAGGCCGGCGGGGACGGUGUCGGCGAUUUGAAGGAACUUCUGAACCCUGAAGCGGCUCUCAAAGACGACCAGCAGGUGGCAAAAAGGUACGGAGGCUUUAUGCGGAACGUCGACCGGAGCUCGGAGCUCGACGGCGAGGCCAGGGAGCUGCAAAAGCGGUACGGCGGCUUCAUGAGAAGGAUGGGCCGUCCCGCGUGGAAGGAGGAUGAGAAGCGUCUGAUUGGCUUCCUCGAGAGACCCCGGGGAGAUGAAGGUGGAGCCUAUUCACCAGCAGCACAAAAGCGAUAUGGAGGCUUUAUGGAUUAGCUGACCAAUCAAAGGACACUAUCACCGAUCACCUGCCCUUCUUCUCGUUUGCUUGAUAUAGAUAUAUUUUUUUUUACCAAUAAGCACAUAUCUUUGUCUCGUUCUCAGACAACACCACAGACUACACUGUAAGAGUUUUAUUUAU